GCGCUAUCUUUAGUCGAGGUGAAUACGGUCUACGAUACAGCAGCUGCUGCAGCUAAGCCAUUCAGGCAUAGAUAUAGGCGAUAUAGGCGAUAUAGGUGAAGUGUGAAGUGAAGAACACUGUCGUUUGAGCGAAAGCUGCGUAUCAAUAAAACUGUGAUGACUGAAGAAUGAUGAUCAAGUCUGAAUUAAUACAAUAUUGGGUCUCUAAGCUUAAGAGGCACCUUUUUUAGUAAAAAUUAAAAAAUGUAAACUUAAUUUUAACUAUCUAUUUUUACCAAAGAUCUCCGAAUGGUGAUCACACGGUAUGCCAUGAAGCCGUUGACAAUAUAAGUAUACCGAAUAUGAUCCUCUGGCAUGGAAAGCCGGCGACAGACAUUCCUGUAAGCCAACAAGGUAAUGCGAAUGAUUGGAAACUGGUGAUAUUAUUACCAUCAUCAAAUGUGAGACGAUAAAAGAAACAAUGAAAAUGCAAGCGUUAGUGGUAAGUUUAUAUUCAAAGGCUGUUGCUGGAAACAACUGCUCACUUGAAUAAACUGUCAUGGCAAACGUACAAGUUGUGACUGUCAGAAAUGUGACCCGCCACAGAUAUUUAGUCUACUUAAUCAUAUGGCUGUGCAUUCUUUUUCCAGUGUUAUAUUUCAAAAUUUCUGAUCGCCCUGUACCUGAUAAUAAGACUGUAAACACAUCCGUAAACUCUGUCCACAAGUAUAAAAGAACAGUUUCCAGAGUCAAUUACAAUGAUCUUACUAAAGUGUGCAAUCCUCCGCACAUGAUUGAACGUGGUGAUGAAGGAAAUAUUGGCUUGCUAAACAACAGUCUUACAAUCCAAGGAGUAAUAAUACUGACUAGACAUGGAGAUCGUGGGCCGAUGAAUCAUGUUCGAAACAUAGCUGAUAUAGACUGCAGCAUGGAACCUGAUCAAGAUCAAGAGUAUAAUGGUUAUACAAAAUUCUUGCAAAACAUAUUUUUCAAUAUGUCAUUACAGUUUUUAGGUCCUUUUCAUGGGUACCCAUUGUAUCCACCACAAAACAAUUGUUCCAUAAGUCAACUCACCCCUAUUGGUGUAUCACAAAUGCUGAAGCUUGGGCGAACUUUGCGUUCUGUGUACCACCCUUUGCUUAGUGUUUCUAAUUCUGAUGAUAUAAUAAUAUACAGCACUAAGUACAGACGCACAUUCCAAAGUGCAUUGGCAUUCAUGUAUUCUGUUCUGUCACCAGAUGUAUUGUCCAAAGUCACGUUCAAGGAGAGUGAUAGCUACAGUUACUGUUUUGAUCAUUGUGCGUGUUUUAAUGUUAAUAGCUUACAAAUGAAAAUGAAACAAUCAUCAGCAAAACGGUUAAAGGGCCGUAGAGUAGUAGAAAAAAUGCUCAAACGCAUACAUAAUAUAGUGCAUCUGAUGUCCAGUACUGUACGAGUAGACCCUUACUUAAUAAGGGAUUCUAUUAUGACAUAUGUAUGCCAUGGAGCAUCACUGCCUUGCUAUCAGAAUGAUUGUGUAACAUAUGACAAUGUAGAGCAGCUUUUUAACUACAUUGACUGGGACUUGGAACGUUAUGCUAAACAUGGGCUAUUACGGAAAUAUGGACUACUCAAGUCAUAUGGCUUUGCGCUGAAUAUUGCCAUGAAUUUGUUGAAAAUGGUAUCUGAGAGUAAGCCUCGUUUGGUCCUAUACUCUGGUCACGACUUGACAGCUCAAUACCUUUUAGCGGCAUUUGGAGUUCUUAAUGCACAAACCAUGUCACCACACUAUGCUUCUCGCCUAGUGUUUGAGGUAUAUCGAAACAACACUGUUGACACCACUUACCCCAGUAGGGACUUCUACUUUAGAGUAAUUUUUAAUGGCAAAGAUGUGACCCGAUCAGUGGCUUUUUGUAGAACUCGUUCUAAAAACUGGACAGACUCUUCAAUUUAUCUGUGCCCAAUUGAGUCCGCUAUUAGAUUCAUACAUGAUGAUUAUUUUAUCACUUUUAAUGCUUCCAACUAUAAGGAAGCAUGUGGCAUUCGUUCUUGAAUUGUAAACCACAUUAUAUUAUGUACUUUUUAAUUUUUUAUAGAUAGUCACUCAUAGGCGCCCGCAAAAAUUGUUCUAGGGGGGGGGGGCAAUGUUAGGAUUUUAGGAUAAAUAUUAUAAUUUUACCAGGUGUUUUAAAAUAAUAACC